GAAAGGGGUUAGCGGAGCACCAAGAUGAGAAGAGGGAUCUCCUCGGCUCCGGACAAAGUGAUCUUGGCAGGCGUCGGCAGCUCCUCUCUGGACAGUAACAUCAUCCUCACAGCCCUGUCGGACCGCCUGAACCCGGGUCAGGCUAACACGACCUACAUCCAGAUUAUAACCACCCCGCCGCCCUGCAACGUUACACAGACACCCAAUGUGUGUGUGUCCGAGCCGCAGGUUAACAGCAUUUACACAACUCCACAACAAGCUGCAGCCAACGGAACCGGACAACGACCCGCUGUGGGCAGACCUCCGGCAAAGAGACGGUUGGCGCUGGAUGAUUCGGACCACCAGUACCAGUCCGAAGCAGCUAAAACACCAAGAGGGAGAGGAGCGGGCGCAGCGGCCAACGGGGCGCGGCUGAAGACGCCCAGAACACCAAAGUCUCCACCAGAGAAGACCCGGUAUGACACGUCGUUGGGCCUGCUAACAAAGAAGUUUGUGGAUCUUCUUGCUCAGUCCUCUGAUGGGGUUUUGGACCUGAACCUUGCAGCUGAAACCUUACAGGUACAGAAAAGGCGGUUGUAUGACAUCACCAAUGUCCUAGAAGGGAUUCAUCUUAUUAAGAAGAAAUCGAAGAACAAUAUUCAGUGGAUGGGCUGCAGUCUGUUGGAGGUGGAGGGAGCACUGAGCCAAAGACAAAUUCUCUCAGCCGAAGUUUCGGCUCUGGGUGAAGAAGAGCAGAAGUUGGAGCAGCUCAUUGAGAGAUGCAGCAUCGAUAUGAGACACAUGAGCGAGCUGCAGAGCAACCAGAGGUAUGCUUAUAUAUCAUAUCAAGACAUCAAACAAGUGGACAGCCUCCGAGACCAGACUGUGAUUGUGGUCAAAGCUCCAACAGACACCAAACUGGAAGUACCGGACCCAGACGAGAGUUUAUCCAUUCACCUGACCAGCACCAAGGGUCCAAUCGAGGUCCUGCUGUGCCCAGAUGACGAGAACGAGAUGAGUCCUGUAAAAAAUGGAAACGCGGACAUCAACGGGAACUCGCCGUUCCUGAAAGUUGUUCAAGAUCCCAGCGGCACAUCCACGUCUCCCAGCUCCUUCCUGUCUCCCCCCACCUCGUCCUCAGCCGUCUCCAUCACCACUCUGUCCCCCAUCUCGUCCACUUACACCAGUCUCCUGCAGCAGACUGAGGACCAGAUCCAGCCGCCCCAGGGCCCCUUCUUGAACCUCGUGCCCCCCAUCCUGGAUGACGACUACCUCUUAGGUUUGGGAGACGACCAGGGAAUCAGCGACUUGUUUGACGCUUGUGACUUUGACAAAAUGCCCUCUCUGGGUCUGGAUGAGCUGCUGUGCAGCUAA